CAGGACCAGGCUGCUCAGAAGGAGGCAGCUAAUCUUCAUCGUGGGUUGCUGACCAUUGAUUCAAACAACAACAAUAACAAGAGCUCAACUCUUUUUGAAAUGAUUUUGAUGGUAAAAGAAAACAAACCCUUCUUUCACUAUCACUCAAAGCUGUAACCCUAUAUAAUAUAAACCAGGUCUUCUUUCCCAUCUCUCUCUCUUCAUCUCUCUGCAAAUCUGUAAAUACGUUUGUCAUCACACUUUUCGGGAUCUGGGUCACAAUCUUCUUUCUAUUCAAACCAUUAAAAUCGAAGAUCUUGAUUAGUGUUCCUCAGAUUCUGUGUAGACAGGAGUAAUCAUACUUUUCUAGAUCAAGAUUUGUUCAUUACAAAUGCAGGAGUGAAAUUGUAGUGACCCAUCACUAUAUAAGAUCUUCUUCAUCGAGGAUCUUGUGAAUUGAAAUUGAUGGCUCACCACCCAUCAGAUCGUAGUAGUAGUAGUAGAUUGUGCAUUAGAUUAAUGCUGGUUCUGGUGGGUCUGCUUUUAGUUGUUUACAUUUUGGGAAAACAAACUCAAGGACGCCUCAAAGAUGCAGCUGCUUCAUGCCCACCUUGUGACUGUGAUUGCUCCUCAGAGAACAUUUUCUCAUUGCCUUUGGGACUUGUGAACAGCUCAUAUUCAGAUGAUUGUGGUAAAGACGAUCCAUCCAUGAAGGAGGAGAUGAAAAAGGACAUCACUAGUUUGCUAUCGGAGGAAAUUCUUUUAAUGAAAAACGUUACUGAUGAUAACUUGAGGCGGACGAAUGCCUUAACAAUAGAUGCCAUGAUGACUUCGUCUCAUUACCAGAAAGAAGCCGAGAAAUGCAAUGCUGGAAUGGAAACAUGCGAAGGAGCAAGAGAAAUGGCCGAAUCAGAGUUAACAGAAGAGCGGAAGCUUACAGCCCUUUGGGAAAGCAGAGCUCGUGAAUUCGGUUGGACAUCUGGAAGAAGAAGAUCCUAUUAAUAUUGUACUAAAUCGCCGUUUUAUUCAGAUCUAGGCAUUUCCUAGCCUCGUGCAUGUAAAAAGAGUGUGAAUAUUGAUUUUUCUUCACUUUCGAAUGGAUACCAUUUGAAAUUUUGUGCUAUGAGAUUUGUGUAGGGACGUUGAUUUACAUUUUAGGGACUUCAAAUAGAUUCUUAAAAGUGCUCGAACCUUUGUGACUCUUAUGAAUUUAUAUUACAUAUGAGAUAUAAUUAUAACUCUCAUUGCCAACAUAUGUUCUAUUGCUACUUUUUGU